UGCAGUAGAGGGGGCGCGCGGUGUGCGGAGGGGGAUCCGCCGCUGCUGCAGCUGCUGCUGUGCUGUGUGCUGGGCCGGGCAGCUGACGCGUGGCUGCGCUCUGUGCUCAUCCGAUUAUUCCUGCGGGCUCACCCGGGCGGCUGUGGUGCUGAAAGCGAGAAAAUAAAACAACAUGACUUUAGAAACGGGUCCUGAUUCUGAAUCCAAACAAGACCAGGAGAAAGACCAGAAAGGGACAGGUGGAACACAACCUGGGCAGCAGCCCGAUGAAGAUCAUCAAAGCGCAUUAGAACAUUUCCCAGCUGCAGCUGCACAUAGUACACCCUUGAAAAGUGACAAGAACUCAGACAAAGACUGGCUCAAAGAAGCUUCUGCAAAACAACUUGAGUAUCAGCAACUUGAAGACGACAAAAUCUCCCAGAAAUCUGCUUCUAGCAAGCUUUCUAAAUCUCCUCUGAAAUCUGCUAAAAGACCUAAAAACAUGCAGGCUAAAGUCACGCUUCUUGAUGGAUCCGAAUACUCAUGUGAGGUAGAGAAACGGUCGAAAGGUCAAGUUCUAUUCGAUAAAGUGUGUGAACAUUUAAACCUACUGGAAAAAGACUAUUUUGGCUUAGUGUACAGAGACUCGGAAAAUCAAAAGAACUGGUUGGAUCCUGCUAAAGAGAUCAAGAAACAAACCCGAAAUGGUUUGUGGCAAUUCUCCUUUAAUGUGAAAUUCUACCCACCCGAUCCUUCUCAGCUUUCAGAAGACAUAACCAGGUACUAUCUGUGUUUACAAUUACGGGAUGACAUUGUAUCUGGUCGUCUCCCUUGUUCUUUUGUCACACUGGCUCUCCUGGGAUCUUACACAGUGCAGUCAGAACUUGGAGACUAUGAACCUGAUGAAUACGGUAGUGACUAUGUCAGUGAAUUUCGCUUUGCACCAAACCAGACAAAAGAACUGGAAGACAAAGUUGUUGAGCUGCAUAAAAGUUAUAGAGGAAUGACUCCUGCUGAAGCUGAAAUGCACUUCCUGGAAAAUGCCAAAAAACUAUCAAUGUAUGGGGUUGAUCUACAUCAUGCUAAGGAUUCUGAAGGAGUCGAAAUUAUGCUGGGUGUUUGUGCCAGUGGUUUAUUGAUAUAUCGAGAUAGACUACGGAUAAACCGGUUUGCCUGGCCUAAGGUCCUAAAAAUUUCAUAUAAAAGGAAUAAUUUUUACAUCAAGAUCCGCCCAGGGGAGUUUGAACAGUUUGAAAGCACCAUUGGUUUCAAGUUGCCAAACCACCGGGCUGCCAAACGCUUAUGGAAAGUAUGUGUGGAACAUCAUACUUUCUUUAGGCUGCUUUUGCCAGAGGCACCUCCCAAAAAAUUCCUUACCUUAGGGUCGAAGUUCCGCUACAGUGGGAGGACGCAAGCUCAGACGAGAAGAGCAAGUGCACUGAUUGAUAGGCCCGCACCCUAUUUUGAACGUUCUUCUAGCAAACGUUAUACAAUGUCCCGAAGCUUAGAUGGAGCAUCAGUGAAUGAAAACCAUGACUUGUAUAUGAAGGAUUCUGUGUCUGCCACAGAGGUGGGCACUGGCCCAUACAUCACCACAAAGGGUGCAUCCCAAACAAACUUGAUUGCAUCGGUAACCCCUGAGAAAAAAGUUGAGGAAGAGAAAAAGGAGGAAGAAGAAAAACACAAGAAAGUAGAAGUUGUCACCACUGUAAUUACAAUACGUCAUGAUACUAAGCCAUCUUGUUUUGCAACUGACUCAUUUCACUCCCCACCACACCACUCUAGCCCCUCCACAUCAUCAACCAAUUUGCGUAGGAGAUGUAAGCAGAAUUCCCAUACAUCAUUGGCAUGUAAGCCAAGUGCAGACUCAGUUCAGAUGGCUGAGUCUGAAUGGGACUUGGAGCAAAAAACUAUGUUGUACCCCAGCGAAGAUGAGUUGGCCCUGAGCUAUAAACAGCAAGCUGGCAAAGGCGGGACAAUGUUUUCCUUCUCCUUGCAUCUUCCAGAUUCAUUCCCUUCUCUUUUGGAUGAUGAUGGCUACCUUUCUUUCCCUAACAUUUCAGAAUCCAAUUUCCUGCCUGAAAGUAUACAGCAUUAUCUUCCAAUUCGGUCUCCUUCUCUCGUCCCAUGCUUCCUCUUUAUCUUUUUCUUUCUGCUUUCCGCCUCCUUCUCUGUGCCAUAUGCCCUUACGCUCUCUUUUCCUUUGGCUAUGUGCCUCUGCUACCUGGAGCCCAAGGCGGUCUCCUUGAGUGCCUCACUUGACAAUGACCUGAGUGACAGUUCAGAUGAUGAGACUGACAGUGAACAGACGGAUACAGCAGCUGAUGGGGAAACCACUGCCACUGAGUCGGAUCAGGACGAAGAUGCUGAUGUAAAAACUCAGGAGUUUGACAAAAAUCAGGAAGAAUUAAUGAAACACCAGACGAACAUUAGUGAGCUGAAAAGGACAUUUUUGGAAACGUCAACAGAAACAACAGCCACCAGUGAGUGGGAGAAACGGCUGUCUUCUUCUCCAGUCCGACUUGCAGUGAGACAGGAUGAAGCUCCUAUGAUUGAACCACUUGUGCCUGAAGAGACCAAAGAAGAAGUAGAAAGACGUGUUUCUUUGGAAAGGACAAGCUAUUCAAUGUUAGAAUCUCAGCCAGGGGACAUAGUGAAGAAACUUCGGGAAGCAAGAGCCACCAGCCCUGUGGCUACUUCUCAUCAAAUCAUUAUGCAGAAAACUAUUCCAUCAUCCCCAGAGGGCACUGAGGAUUGGGUUAUUGUAGACAAAGUACCCACUAAGGUAGUUGAUGGUGAAACAAAAAGCAUUAUGACUUACAAGGUGACAACUGUGAGCAGUGAAAAACCAGCUGGAACGUUUAAAACCAGUCCUAUCAAAACUGAGAGUCUGGAUGCCUUGAAAAUGGAAAUUAGAGCAAGAGAAGAGGAAAGCAGGCAGAAAAUGUAUGCAUUAGGAAAAACUUAUGACACUGGAUCUGGUAAAAUUGUAACAAUGACAAGUAAAGGUAAAGAAGGUGAAAAGAUAUCAUCUCCUGAAAUCAUUCAACAAGCAGAGAAAGACAUUUCUGAAACAGUGAAACGCCUUCCAGUUGCAGGCGAGUUUGAGAUCCUAGAAUCUAUUAGCGAUGACAAGGGUAGGAAAACCCAGGAGGGACUGAUCAUAAAGCGAAGAGUGUCAGAGUCAUUGACUCCCAUUAAGGAGUCAGACUCUCAACUGGCAAGUCCAAUGGAAGAUGGUCAAACAAAGGUACAGGAUGUGGAUACAGGAAUGAAGAUAAUUGAAAGAGUGAUCACUGAGAAGACUGUGGGAUUUCCUGAAUAUGAAGUCAUUAAAACAGAGGUUCCAGCUUGGAAAGAUAAGAAGCUGUCUGAAUGGAGAUACACAAGAGAUCAACCAUUUACCAUUGCUACUGCUCACUAUGUCACAGAAUCGUCAGCAUCCAAAGUGGUGACCAAACAGUCCUCUGGUGACAAACUCAUGGAUGGUUCUGAUAUCUACAGUUUGUUAGAGUCUACGAGAAAGCCAACUGAGUUCAUAGGAGAGGUUACAACUGCUUCACAAAACUGGGCUCAGAAAUUUGAAACAAAUACAGAAUGGGAAACCAGUGGUAUAAAAACUGAACACGAGGAGAUCGAGCACAGAACAACAGAGAAGGUUGUGCAGGGAAUAAUCAGUUUGGAGGAAACGGGGGAUAUGCAUGCGAGUGGGGAUACUGUCCAUCUGACUGCAGAGCAGGUGGAUGGUGCAGGGCAGCAAAGCACAAUCAUUGCUUCUGGCUUAAAAGGGAGCGAGGGCGCUGCAUUAACAGAGGAAGCUGCUAAAGAGGAAGAUGGGGCUGCUGAUGCUUCUGCUGCUAGCUAUGCUCAAGGAGAGCAACAUGGCAAUAUGACUCAUGACGCAGAGUUGUUGGAUGGCAAGCCUCUUAAUGAGUCUCCGCUUGUGAAAACCGAGAUCAUCACUUUUGGCACUAUUGCAGAAGGAGAAAAGACUGACAUUUCUACUAAGGAUGUACCUGUAGUACAUACAGAAACAAAAACCAUUACUUAUGAAUCCUCAGAGAUGGUAUCCCGUCCUGAUACAGAUCCUGGUGUAUUAAUGAGCGCUCAGACAAUUACUUCAGAAACUCAUGGCACUACAACUACUACACACAUUACCAAAACUGUGAAAGGAGGCAUUUCAGAAACCAGAAUUGAAAAGCGGAUAGUGAUUACAGGAGAUGCUGACAUUGACCAUGAUCAGGCGCUGGCUCAGGCAAUUAAAGAGGCCAAAGAGCAGCACCCUGACAUGUCAGUGACCAAAGUAGUGGUACAUAAAGAAACAGAGAUCACACCUGAAGAUGGGGAGGACUGACCAAAGGAAUAAUGGAGCUUGAAAACAAGCUCAGUCAUGUACACCAUUAGGAAUAUGAGCACCUCUGCGGAGCAACAGACAGAACCUGGCUGACUUCUGUCUGGGGAAAUUACAGCCCUGAAGGAUUUAGCUUGACCAUUUACAAAGUCAUCGGCAGACAUAUCUUCCCAUUUAAAGCAAUGCAAUUCAGCAUAUUUAAAUCAGUAUUGCAUGAAGCAAAUAUUAAAAGGCAGCAUUUUUUCUUUUCCAUGUAUAAGUUUCCAGUUAUAUCUGCACGUACACACUCACAACAAUAUUAGACUAUGUGAACUUAAUGUACUAUAUAUACAGUCCAUGCCUUCUUCUGAACAAAGUUUCAUUUGUUAGGUGGUAAGCCUUUGUUUACAAAAAGAAAAAAGAAUUACCACAAGACCCUAGAAACUGUAUAGUAUUAGGACCACACCUUAUACGUGCCAAUAACACAACUUUCAGUACACCACUUGAAUAUUACAUUUGUUUUACUUGGUUUUAUUACUAUGCCGGAUUAAAAGGAGACCCCUUGAAUCUUAAGACUAUUUAACUGCUGAUGAUGUGUGCUUUGCGUAUCCCAUCUAAUUACACAUGGGGUAGUCAUUCUUUUAGAGUUUUAACUUGAUUUUUUCUUUGUUCAUGUUGUCACCGUUGUUAUUGAGUUGAACCCUGCUGAUCAGCAAUCAGCAUUGACAUUCUUUACUGUGUACAGUAUGUGUACUUCCUCGAGAGAACGUGUCCUUAGAUUAUUUACACAAUCAUUUGACAUCAUAUUGUUUUCUUUGUGUGUGUAUUUAAUGUUGAUUUUUCUUUCCAUUCUCACUGAAAACUGCUUCAUUGACUCUGCUUCUGAUACCUAUUAGAGAGCUAAGCCUUAAAGGGGUACUCCUGCCCUAAGGAUAGGGGAUAAGAUGCCUGAUCGCUGGGGCCCCCCCCCCAGCUAUCUGUCAUGCAGCACCCCGUUAUCAUCAGCCUCCGGAGCAAACAAUGCUCCGUGUCUGAUGAAUCACAAUCACGGGGCCGGAGUAUUGUGACAUCAUGGCUCCGCCCCCCCCCCCGUUUGGUGUCACGCUCCGCCCCCUCAAUGCAAGCCUAUGGGAGGAAGCGUGGCAGCUGUCACGCCCCUCCGAUAGGCUUACAUUGAGGGGGCGGAGCAUGAUGUCACAAUACUCCGGCUCCGUGAUCAUGAUUCAUCAGACCCGGAGAGAUGUUCGCUCCGAAGGUUGAUGAUAGCGGGGUGAUGCAUGGAGCCCCCGCAAUCAGGCAACUUAUCGCCUAUCCUUUGGAUAGGGGAUAAGAUGUCUUAGGGCCAGAAUACCCCUUUAACCUGUACAGAGUACCCACCGUAUAUAUUGUUACAAACUGUGCAAAUUAUUCCAUUUUGCUGUCACAGCACUUGUUGAAUGUUUGUUAGAGUGAAAUAAAAAUGUAUUGGCCUUGUUAAGAAAACAAAAUAAUCUGCUUUUCUAAUUUGCACCAGCCAUGGUUUACAGCCAAAAUAUAUUACAAAAUGAAGUAGGAAAUCUCUUGGAAGUCUAUUAAAAAUCAGUUUUGCCGCUAAUAAAAUUAAAACACUUUUAUUGUGCAAUUAUGUUUGUUGACCUUAUGAUUGCUUCUGAACCUUCAUCAUUUCUUUUUUUUCUCUUUUUUUUUUUUUUUUGGUUUUGCCAAUAAACGCUGUACACCACA